ACUCGCGACUCGCGACUCUGUUAUGCGGGCCGAGACUUGUGUGCUUCAUCUCACAUCGUCGAGGCGGCCCAUUUUAGCAGCCCACAUGGCCCCGCUCGUAUGACCAUAUAUCUUGCAACGACCUCAUGGUAACCUCGGUUGCUCCAAAAGCCCUCCUAGUUUCAAGUUUUCAGUUUUUCACUCCCAUGUCAAACCCCGUCAAACUACGCAUGUCCCCGAGGCUGAGGACUAGGGGCCGCGCUUCCGCUUCUCCGGCCGCCGCCCAGAGCAACGACCGCCACCCACCCACCGGCGAACAGCAAAAGCCCCGACCCGACCAGCUUUUCUCCGAGGAGGACGAGAUCCGGCUCCUGAAAUCCCUCUCCAAGCUCAUCAACCCCUUGCUGUCCCCCACCGUGGACGCUCCGACCCUCGACGGCAUCGAGAAGUCCCUCGGGCCCAAUUUCACCCGCGCCCAGCUCUCCAACAAGAUCCGGAGGCUUCGGGACAAGUACCACAGGCAGGCACGGACCAAGGUCCUCAUAAGGACCCCGCACGACCGGAGGGUGUUCGAGCUCGCCCGAGGUGUGUGGGGCAAGAGGAGCUCGAAGGAGAGGAAAGGCAAGGAGGAAAAGCGAGCAAAUUUAGAGGAAGAGAGAGCGAAAGACGAGGGGGAGAUUCUGGGCGGUGAGGAGGACAGCGAAGGGGCCGCCGCCGCCGCCGAUCUGGGUAAUUUCCCGGCGCUGGUGGAGGAGUGCGACAGGUGCUUCCCCGGGAACCGAGUCUGGAGGGAAGGGCUCAAGAGGUUGCAGGAGGGGAAGUUGAGGAGGAUGAACGAGAGGGUCGUCUGGUUGAGGCUGGAAGAGGCGAACUUGAUGACCAAGAAGGCCGAGUUGACUCGGGACCUCACUCGGAUGAUCCUCGAGUCUGUGGCCUCUGCUUCCCAAGCCCCCACCGGUUGAUCGCCUGCACCAUUUUUCUUCUUCUUCUUCUUCUUUUGGCAUUUUUCCCUUUGUAGUUGCUGACAGAAUCGAAAGUAUCGCUUGCAGUUGCACUGUAGUCAUGCAUGAUCUGGAUCCAUUUACUUGUUGAGAGGAUCUCAUUACAGAUUUUUUAGGCAAUUAAGGAAGAAGCUGCAU